UGGUAGAAGGUUGAUGUUUCUAGUCUCUCUCUAUAACCUGAAUAAAGAUAUAUAAUGAAAGGAAUACACUUAUAUGGCAAACAAGUGCAUUUCAAAAAAUAAAUUCGCUUGUUUGUGAGGUUUUUAUUUGUAACUCGACCAAAAUAUAAAGUUUUUUUGCUAUUCUCUAUUGUACGCGGAUCCGCGAUUUUUGAAGGAAGCCGGGUGAUGUAUCCUAUUGCGUCUUGUCUAAAAAUGACACAAAAAAAUUGCACUACAUUGAAUGUGAUAAAUUUAUUGAUGCCGACACACUUAGCAGAGCCGAUGGUUCUGUCAUAUAACUGCCUUUUCUCAAAUCAAAAAUUCUCUCAACUUGCUUCCCAAAAGGUUUUCCUGUCAUCUCCGGUUUCUAUUUUUUCUUCACGAUGAAGUUUUGGAAGAGAACAUGUCUUCUUUUGUGCUGUUAUGGAUAUUUUAAAGAAUUACGUCCGUCAGAACCAUUUUUGACCGAGUACCUUACAGGGCCGGUGCACAACCUCACUGAAGAGCAGGUAUUAUACGAAGUGUACCCGGUAUGGACAUACUCGUACAUGUCGCUCUUGGUGCUGGUUUUCCUGUUCACGGAUUUCCUAAGAUACAAAGCGGUGAUCGUAUUCGAAGCGGUGGCGUACGUAGCCACGUAUCUGCUCCUGCUCUUCGCCAGAGGCGUCCACUGGAUGCAGUUCAUGGAAUUCUGUUAUGGAAUUGUGUCUGCCACAGAGGUCGCCUACUAUACCUACAUGUAUGCUCAGGUAUCAGGCCGGUAUUAUCAGCGGGUGUCGAGCUUCACGCGCACUGCGGUGCUCUUCGGCAGGUUCUGUGCCGGACUGCUGGGCCAGAUCCUGUACUCGACCGGCCUGAUGGACGCCCACACUCUAAACUACGUGUCUUUGGGCUCGUUUGUGAUCGCGUUUGGGUUUGCAGUCGCUCUGCCCCCGGUCAAACACAGCAUUUAUUUCCACAGAGCUGACGACGAUCAACUUAAGGAAAGACCUGAAUUAACAUUUAAUUCUGAUACUGGAAAUAAUAUUAAUUCGCGCGUUAAGAUAAGCGUUCAAGAUUUUCAAGUAGAAACGAACGGGGUUGAUAACAAAGAUGCGGGCGUGAUAAGUUGCGGUGACAAAUCAACUGCUCUGAACGAACUGGAAAAAGUAGUUGAAAAUCAGAACGAUGAUUUGUGUGCUGUUGAAACGUAUGAUGCCACAGCGAGUAGUCAUCACAGCCCUACUGAUGUUGAACUUAUCAAUCACAAAGCUGAAGAAUCUCCUCCUAGCCUCGGCUAUCUUCCAUCUUCUACAAACUUCACUUCCAAGAAGAGCAUCGAGACAACCAUCGCACUUGAGCAGCCAUCGCAAUACACUCUUGCAGGUUUCAAGAAGGCCAUGGGGCUGUUGUGGCUGGACAUGAGGUUCGCGUACAGCAACGAGCACCUGGUGCGCUGGUCGUGCUGGGGCGCCGCUGCCACCUGCGGAUUCCUGCAGAUCCUGAACUACAUCCAGAUGCUCUACGAGAAAGUCCUGCCGCCAGACCAACCCUUGUACAGCGGCGCUAUCGACGCUCUUAGCACCGCAUGCGGUGCUUUAGCAACGUUGUCUGUGGCGUACGUCUCCGUGGACUUCGGUGCCAAGUGGGAAUGGAUUUUGGGCGGCGUGGCGUUCAUCCAAGGCUCGCUGCUUGUCAUCAUGGGCACGACAAACAGCAUCUGGGUGGUGUACGCGGGCUUUACAGUCUACAGGAUCUCACACGAGUUCCUCAUCACCAUCACUGGAUAUCAAGUGGCGCGCGUGCUGCGGAGCGACAGCUACGGGCUGGUCGUCGGUCUGAACAUGUUCGUGGCGCUCGUCAUGCAGACCGUCCUCACUAUCGUCGUCGUCGAUGUCAUGCAGAUAGAGAUCGGCAUUCAGUUUGUGAUCUACGGCGUAUACUACGCUGGUCUGUCGCUGCUCUUCCUCACGCUGGCGUCCUACAGACUUGGUCGUUAUGGCUGUAGUGCUGAAGAUGUAUCGCCUCCGCCUGCUGCAACGAACGAUGCUGUCACUCUAUGAACUUGGAGCAGUUACGGCUACUCUGUUUAAAAGUUGCCUCUGUUAAGUUGCUGUUGUAAAUUUUGUUUUGCUGCGACUCUUUAGCUAGAAUUAUACAGUAGUUGCAGAUCAGAGCUUAAGCAAAUGUCAAUGUGGCUUUGAUGCUGCAGCUGAUGCGUACUUAGAAUCGCGGCUGCAAUACGGGAGCUAAUAAGUACAUAUAUAGAUGCGGGUGUAAUGUUUUAGUUGUGUCGCUUGAGACCUUAGCAGCUACUAUUGUUGGGUCAAAUGUCCCUUAAGGGACUGUGCACCCAAAAAGGAACGUUUGUACGUAGGCUGGCAGUAAUAAUAUUGGUCAGCCUCAUUCAUAUUGAAAUUCGUUGACCUCAUGUUGAUCAACAUAGCUGAGCAUGGUUUUAUGAGAGGUGAGCGUGUUUCAAGUGACGCACGAACUGCGCUCUCUAUAAGUUAGCAUUGUUGAGUUUUGCAUGAUAAAAAUUCCUUAAACGCUAAUCAGUUUUGUAAAUUGACUUGAAGGUUAGGGUGUAGUAAGAGCUGGCUCAGAGCAAUAUAUUUAAAUAAAUUCAACGUAUUAUGAGAUAUCAAAUUAUUCAUCAAAAUGGAUGCUCUGUAUAAAUUUUUUAACACUUUCGACCGUACAUUAAUUUUAGUACAAAGUCUAGCAUAAUUUUCUAAUUCAAAUAUUUUUUCUGCAAUUUUCUGUCUAUUACCAAAGCUAGCGCAGCUACUGAUCACGAAUUCUUCGAAGACGAAGAAUUAUGAAAUUUAGAUGCUUGUAAUGGGAAUGCACAGAUUUUGUUGGAAGCGUUACUGAUUCAAUCUGUUAUCAUUUAACUUUAUGUGAAAGCUUGAGUUUGUUUAGCCAUUUAAGAGGCAUUCCAGGCUCAUACUUCUCGCACCUAAAUAAAAUAUCUGCUUCCAACUUUGUUUCGUCCAGCGCUUAAACGACAACAUUAGUGACAAUUUCCGAGGAUUAUAUUCCUGUAUUUUACUUCCAUUAUUUAUCAACUUUACUUGGACCAAAGUACAGACGAAUGUAUUGUAUAUAUAUUGUACAAGUGUAUCUAGUCUAAAUAGUAAUUUGUUGGUCAAUUGAAACGAGUUGGAGGGUUCGACACCUGUAACCAGUCGUCGAAAUUCUUGUCGAUCGGCAAGGGUGGAGGGCGGUCAAGUAUCGGCGAUAGGUCAACAUGGAAUAAUUAAAGCUGACAUCACUUGAUUGUAACAUUAUAAUAUAUUUAAUUAUGUUACAAGUGAAAUGACGAAGCAGUAAAGCAAACGACUCUCGUAAUACAAAAUUAUAACGAAAUUUAUUCAUUGAUUUGCCUCUCGGUGGCCUGGGGCGGUAAAUAUAAUCGGGAGCAUUACUUUCAACAAUAGUUACGAGUAUAAAACUUUGUCAGCCAAUUAUUAACUGUAUAUCAAGCUAAACUUACCAAUCAUAGGCGAGAAAUCUGCCGCUACGCGUUCUUAGGCCGCUAUGUGUACUUAGCGAGUUUUGAUAAUACGCCCUCUGGAAUAUGCUAUGUUGGCCAACUCGUUGCGGUGUGUCGUUGGUGUACCUGACAGAUAGUUGGAUGAAGAUUCGCAGAUGCAUUUGUUCAGCAACAAGGCUGUGCUUAGUUUAUAUUAUCAUCUAUAUUCAUGUUGUUAAGUAACUGAUUCAACCCAUAAACGUAACAUUAGUAAACAAUUUUUUGGCGCGUAUCAACUUUCAUUUUUUGCUUUCCGAGCUUCAGAUCAGGCCGAUGUUGUUUUGGUAUUGUCGGUUAGAGCACAAAUGUUAUCGAGUCUACUUUCAUGGACCCUAACAGACAUGAUAAUUAAUUCCCACGAAGGGAAUUUUUGUGUAAUUUUAAUUUUUAAAACUAUGUCAAAUGAAGAAUGUAUUAUAUCGAAUAAACUGAAAUGCUGA